UCCCAAUAAAAUUUGUCCAAAAUUAAAUAAUAAAAGGCAUACAGAAGCAGCCGUCUCUGUUAUAUUAUGUAUUGAUUAUUCAAUUUGUCGGGGUCGGGUGCUAUAGAGGAAAACACCAAACCUAACUAUAAUCUGAGCUGAUCAAAUUUCUUGGUUUCCAAACAUUCAUGUAUGAUCUAGUUGAAGCCGAUCGCUAGUACAUUGGGAAAGUUGCAGAAAGAGGGAUAGAUAGAGGAGUUUCUUGAUUAUGGCCUUUAGUCUCUGGAGCUUGCUUUUUCAGGCUUUCUAGGGUUAUAUAUCGGUUCCUAAUUCCAAUUGCUCUGCAAGGUUUCUGGAUUACUGGGAUGAUGUUAUUAGAGUUUUUGGAAUGAUAGAUGAACCCCUUGUACUUCAUCAACCCUGGAAAUUUCUCUGAGAAACAUUACAAUACGAUGAGUCUACCAAUUCUUAUCAUGCUCAUGAUCCUUCUCCUCUUCGUAACCCUUGCGAAAUUCGCUUACUCCACAAUUUGGGUCCCAUUGAAAAUCCAAAGGCAGUUUCAUAAUCAAGGCGUGAGUGGCCCAGGUUACCGUCUAUUGUUCGGGAACACAGCCCAAAUCCGGCGUCUUUUCACCGAGAUUCAGACAAAGUCAACUCUGAUCGACAAUGAUGUGCUUCCAUUCGUGUCCCCAUUUUACCAUAAGUGGUCUCGCAUGUACGGGAAGACUUUCUUGUAUUGGUUUGGGCCCAAGCCCAGGUUGGCAAUUGCUGACCCAGAGCUAAUAAAGGAGGUCCUUAUGAACACCAGUGGUCUGUUUGGAAAGGUCGGGUUUAACCCCUCCAAUAAGCAGCUGUUUGGACAGGGCCUUGUUGGGCUUGAAGGAGACUCAUGGGCUAUUCAUAGAAGGAUUGCAAACCAAGCCUUCAGUAUGGAGCGUGUCAAGAGUUGGGUGCCAGAUAUGGUGACAAGUAUAAUAAAAAAGGUUGAAAAGUGGGAGGAAAUAAGAGAAGAAAGGGAUGAAUUUGAAAUAGAUGUGCACAAGGAAGUUCACGAAGUUUCGGCAGACAUUAUAUCUAGAACAGCUUUCGGAAGUAGUUUUGAAGAAGGGAAACGCAUAUUCGACCUGCAAGAAAUGCAAAUGUAUCUUUUCUCCAAGGCAGUUAGAAGUAUAUAUAUUCCUGGAUUCAGGUUUUUGCCCACGAAGGACAACAGAGAGAGGAGGAGACUAGAGAAGGAAACUCGUGAUUCAGUGAAGAGGCUAGUAAUGACAAAUAGCAAGACAAGUGAAAAUUCAAGGAACCUACUUACUCUUCUAAUGUCUUCACAUAAAAAUCAGGAUGGCAAGGAAGAGAAACUAGGAGUAGAGGAAAUCGUAGACGAGUGCAAGACUUUCUAUUUUGCAGGAAAGGAAACCACUGCCAAUCUUUUGACUUGGGCUCUCCUUCUUUUAGCUCAGCACCCGGAAUGGCAGAGCAAGGCCAGGGAAGAAGUAGUUCGAGUCUGCGGAUUCAAUGGACUUCCACUUGCAGAUAAUUUAAAUGAUCUUAAAAUUCUGACAAUGAUAAUCAAUGAAACACUUCGACUCUAUUCUCCUGCUGCGUUGAUGAUGAGGAAGACAUUGAAGAGAGUUAAGCUUGGAAGUCUAGACAUUCCUGCUGACACACAGUUGUAUUUGGCCUUGACUGCGGUUCAUCACGACCCUGAGAUAUGGGGAGAAGAUGCUAAUAAGUUCAAUCCAUUGAGGUUUGCUGAGCCUCGGAAGCAUCUAGCUUCGUUCUGUCCAUUUGGACUCGGUCCUAGAAUUUGUGCCGGCCAAAAUCUAGCCAUGGUUGAGGCGAAAAUAGUCUUGGCCGUCGUCAUGCAGCGUUACUAUCUCAUGGUGUCACCAACGUACGUCCAUACCCCUAUGUUGUUUAUAACCGUGCAGCCUAAAUAUGGUGCUCAAAUCCUUUUGAGGCCGAUUUCAACAUGAACGAUUAAUAGUCAAAGGGAAAAGAAGAUAUGAACUCUUUUCUUAACUUGUAUUUUUGUUGUAAUAUAGAGUUUAUUGUUUAAAUUGUAAUCGUGAAUUGUGAGAAUUUGGCAUUAGCUAGUCGUUGACUUUAGUUUGUUAAGGUUGAUACUUCACAGUCAAAAAUUGUCAAUGUAUUAAACAAAAUUAAUAGGUGUAAACGCUCGCAGUAAAUGAAUUUCAACUAGCAGGUCAAUGUGAA